AUGGGGCAAAACCAAUCAGGAGGAACGGGUUCUGGGGGUGACAAAAAGGAUGAUAAAGAAAAGAAAAAAAAAUAUGAGCCCCCUAUUCCAACUAGAGUGGGGAAAAAAAAAAGAAAAACGAAAGGACCUGAUGCAGCAUUAAAACUUCCUCCCGUAACUCCUCAUACCCGUUGUAGAUUAAAAUUACUUAAAUCUGAAAGAAUUAAGGAUUACUUAUUGAUGGAAGAGGAAUUCAUUAGGAAUCAAGAACGCCUUAAGCCUCAAGAAGAAAAAAAUGAAGAAGAAAGAUCUAAAGUUGAUGAAUUGAGGGGAACACCAAUGUCUGUGGGAACAUUGGAAGAAAUAAUUGAUGAUAAUCAUGCUAUUGUGUCAACUGCAGUUGGCAGUGAGCACUAUGUUAGCAUUUUUUCUAUAGUUGAUAAAGAUCAACUUGAACCUGGUUGUUCUGUACUUUUAAAUCAUAAAGUUCAUGCAGUAGUCGGAGUUUUAUCAGAUGAUACUGAUCCUCUAGUUACUGUUAUGAAAUUAGAAAAAGCUCCUCAAGAAACAUAUGCUGAUAUAGGAGGAUUAGACACUCAAAUUCAAGAAAUAAAAGAGUCAGUAGAACUUCCUUUGACUCAUCCAGAAUAUUACGAAGAAAUGGGGAUUAAGCCUCCGAAAGGUGUAAUUUUAUAUGGUCCCCCAGGAACAGGAAAAACUUUAUUGGCUAAAGCUGUAGCUAACCAAACAUCUGCCACUUUCUUAAGAGUAGUCGGCUCAGAACUCAUUCAAAAAUAUUUGGGAGAUGGUCCAAAACUUGUAAGGGAGCUUUUCAGAGUAGCUGAAGAACAUGCACCUUCGAUUGUUUUUAUCGAUGAAAUAGAUGCAGUAGGAACUAAACGUUAUGAUUCUAACUCAGGGGGUGAAAGAGAAAUACAAAGGACUAUGCUGGAACUUUUAAAUCAACUUGAUGGUUUUGAUUCUAGAGGAGAUGUUAAAGUUAUUAUGGCAACAAAUAGAAUAGAAACAUUGGAUCCAGCUUUAAUUCGUCCUGGAAGAAUCGAUAGAAAAAUAGAAUUUCCUCUUCCAGAUGAAAAAACGAAAAAGAGAAUAUUUAACAUUCAUACAUCGAGAAUGACAUUAGCAGAAGAUGUUAAUUUACAAGAAUUGAUAAUGGCCAAAGAUGAUCUAUCUGGGGCUGAUAUAAAAGCCAUUUGCACGGAAGCAGGGCUUCUUGCCUUAAGGGAAAGAAGAAUGAAAGUAACAAAUGAAGAUUUUAAAAAAUCUAAAGAAAGUGUUUUAUAUAGAAAGAAAGAAGGUACACCAGAAGGAUUAUACUUGUAA